AGUUCUCCUUCAAUGUUUUCGUCUGGUCUCGAAGCCGUGCAAUCCCGCACAUGUCCAGAUGGCUUUAUAUAGAGCAAAACCUGUUGUACCACCGCAGUAAAUCGAAUUACGUAAACGGCCAUAAUGCGUGCAGAGGAUGGAAAGGAGGAGACCCCCUCGCUGAAACACAACCCCUACGCCGCGGCCGCUGACCCGGAGAGGUACCGCGCGGUGGAUGCGCCGCUCUUCACGUGUGUCGCGCACAGGGAGGCCUGCGUCCUCUGCACCACUGCGGGGAAGAACGGACGCAACGGGCGUACGGCAGCCGUCGGUGCCACGGUGUUCUGGCUGACGUGUCCCCACCUGAACGCGCUCGUCGCACGGCUGGAAGGCCACCGCUGCGUGCAGGCGGUGACGGAGGCCAUGAAAAGGCAUCCAAGCCUCACCAACGCUCACGUGCGGUCCCAUGAGGCUUAUGCAGCGCGUGUCCGGCAGCUUCUCACAGACGAACAGUGGCUCUUCUUCGCGGAGCACUUUCUCUCGAAGGACAAAGCGCAGCUGCACAAGUUUGGCAACGCGGCGGUAAGCCACGCCAGAGAUAUGAAGUGCUUACACGCGCUUGUUGCGCAGACACUCGCUGGCGCGGCCAACCCAGUCGGAUCGCUCGUGGUAAACUACGUUUUAUUUCUGCAUCAGCUGACCGGCGUAGCGGAGAACGAGGCCGCACGACAGGAGGAGAAGCGGAUGGGCCUUCGCGCCGCUCUCGAUAAUACACAGCUGUUCGUGAACUUCAUGGAGGCGUUUGUCGCGUGCGUGCUGAAUGGAAAGGGAGAGGAGGAAAGAGACGUUCAGAGCGGCACGGAUGCUCCCCAAACGGUCUUGACGGUACCGCUGCCAGCGCCGCAAGCAUUUGAAACGGCGGCGGCAGUGUUCUCGUGGCGUUUGGAUACUUCCUUUGCGGCUCUGUCGCCCGACAUCUGCGCGCGUGCCCUGCGUGUGCUUCUCUUUUUAGAGGGUAAGCCACCGCGUCUACACAAAAAGCAUCGCAUCAAUUGA